AUGCCGCUCACAAAUCGCCGCCGCGCGCGGCGCAAGGAACUUCAACUGCAGGAAACGUCCGAUGCAGAGGCACCGGACUCAUCACCUAGCCGGCCGUCCGCAAAGAAGCGCAAGGUUGACCGGCGCCCCUCCCCUUCGCGAAACGUCAAACCAGAGUCCGGCGACGAGGCCGAGGACUCAACGGGUGAUCACGAACCCGCUUCCAACCAAGACCUAGUCGACCUAGUUAUUUCCUACUUGAACACACCACGGGACGAACUGCGCGUCUCGCGCGACCACUCCAACGUCAAGACCGAGAAUACGCAAAGCAUUCAGGCCUAUGCUAAAAUCGCCGGCCGCAAUUGGACCUAUUACGUCAAAACGCUGCAUGUCAACAUCGGCCGUGAACCGGACCGCGAACAACGGGCCGUCGAACAGUCCAGCCCCGUUACAAUCGCCGCUCGUGCGCUCCCACAGGUUCAUGUCGACUUGGGCCCCAGCAAAUUCGUGUCGAGAUUACAUGCCGAGAUCUUCUAUGAUGGCGAGGAGACGCCCGCCUGGCACAUCCGCGUCAACGGCCGGAACGGCGUACGACUGAACAAUGCUAUUGUCAAGCGCGGCACCGAUGCGAUUCUCUCAUGUGGCGAUAUUAUCGAGGUGGCCAAUGCACAGAUGAUGUUUGUUACGCCUGGCGAUGAAGCUAAUAUCCAACCCUGCUUUAUCGAGCGCGCCCAGCGAAUUGCUAGUGGUCAAGAAGUCGAUCCGUCAGCUCCCUGGGAUGCUUCGCACCACUCUCAUCCCCAGCCAUCUCAGAACAGCGAGGUUGUGCCACCAUCUUCAUCUGGUGGGCCUUCGUUGGCACCCGCUCCGCAAUUCCUCAAGCGCCAGGUGACGCCGCCGCCGCGGUCGCCUGAUACUGCUGGUCAGCGCACGGCGAAGCAGUCCCCGCUUUACAACCGUGGCAUGAUGAUGGAAAGCACCGAAGAGAUCGAUUACAGCAAGGAUUCUGCAAAGGAUUUGAAGCCGCCGUACAGCUAUGCGACACUGAUUGCGCAGGCUAUUUUCUCAAGCGAGGAGGAGAAGCUCACAUUGAACAGCAUCUACAAUUGGAUCAUGGAUAAAUAUGCUUUCUAUCGACAUUCCCAAAGCGGCUGGCAAAAUUCGAUCCGCCACAAUCUCUCGCUGAACAAGGCGUUCCAAAAGGUUCCCCGCCGGACAGACGAACCGGGCAAAGGUAUGAAGUGGCAGAUUGCGAUUGAAUAUCGGGAGGAAUACCGAAAGAAGCAAACCCGAAAGGGCGGCCCACAAUCAUCUGCACCAUCCUCUCCAGCGACAAGGGAGCCCCCAUCUUCAGCGCGCACAAGCCGCGUUACCAAACCCGACACCUCGUUCUCAGCAACGGCCAGAAAGUCCCCACCCGUUUCGUCACCCGGCUUCAGUUCCUUUCCAGUGGCACCCGUAGAAGCAUACACACCCGAGCGUGGCUCCCGGCUUGGUCGAGGACUUGGAUCCGACCACCCACUGCGACACAUGAACCCACGCGACUAUGAUGAACCGUCCCCACUCCCAGCGCGCUCGCACCAUCAUAGCUCCAGCAUUUCAACACACGCACAACACGGCAGUAACCACCUGCCUCGCGCGUACGGGAUGUCUGAUAAUAUCACCGGAUCCCCGCCAGUCCUUUCCUCGUCUUACUACAACGAAGAACCCUCUUCAAUGAUUACCCCCGCCCCACAACGCCAACAACCCCGUCUUCCACCCCCAAGCACAGCGCAGAUUCCAUCGAAGUUUAUGCCAAUGAGCUCACCCGCGCAGUUUUGGAAGUUCGCUGAUAUUGGGAGCACUCCCGCACGCCCACCGCCAGACAUGAGUCCCUUGAAGCGCGAGAGUGAGGUCGAGGACCGCAUUAUCGGCUGUUUUCCGAGUAGCUCUCCCCCGCCCCCAAACCUCGUCAGUCCCAGUAAACCGGGCACGUCGAAUGGGCUAGGCUCGAGCCGGACUCUACCCCCACUUCAGUCGGAUUCAGGUGAUCUGGGGGUCAAUGGCCAUCCCGCCCUGAGAAAAGUAGAGCAGGAAGAGGACGACGAAGACAAUGGAUCUGGUUUUGAUCUUGCUAGGGGCUUCGAACCUAUUGGCUCUUACCAUCGGCAACUGAGCAACGCUGCCCGCGCGACUGCUACUUGA